AUGGAGAGCAAUGGGGUCGUGGGGGCGGUCCCACCCCACAGCGCGACCCCCGAGUCGCCCCUCCACGGCUACCAGGAGCCCGGCAAGCUGAGCCACAAGUGCUGCCCGUGGAGCUGCUCCGAAGGAUGCUCGGAACCGGCCGGCAUCCACACGGGCUGCCCCUUCCUGCCGGCCCCGCAGUGCGCACGGGACGCGCCGUGCCACCCCAAGGACACCCGGCUGCUGCCGCCCCUCCCCAAAAACGGGCAGCCCAAAGGCUGGGCUGAGCCCCCCAAGGAGCGGCCGCGUUGGGCAGAGGCCGUGCUGGGCCCCCUGGCCCUCUACAGCCACGGGUACCACCGCUACCCCGUGCCCUUCCCCGUGGAGAGCAAACCCCACAGCGGAACGGAUGGAGACCCCAAAACCUUCCGCCACUGCCCCUUCCUCCUGUCCUCAGCGCUGCCCGCGGAGCCCCGAUUUGGGGGCACGGAGGGCGUGACGGGCAGCGAUUGGCACCUGGGAUCCUACGUGCCAACGUGGGGGCAGCCCCUCUACUUGGGGGUCCCACCGAGGGGAAAAGCGGCCCCCACGCCGUUCAGUGACUGCUCUGGAUCGGGGAAUAGGGACUUUUACCCCCGGAAGGAUCCCACCUCGCAGCCCCAGGACUCGGCGCCGCCGCAGCUGCUGGAGGGGCGGAACGGAGACGGGGAGGGGGCACCGCCGGGACCCCCGUGGAGGGACGGCAGAGCGGUGCCCCCUCCCCACGCCCUCACUCCCCCCCCCAACGCCGCCCCGCAUCCCGGCGCGGUGCGGAGCUGCGGGGCUCCUUGGGUGGGCGCACAGCCCCGCAGCGCCCACCGCCCCGCACCCGGAGAGGAGCGGCCGAUGGGAGGGGGGGGUCCCGACCCCACUACGGCCGGGCGCUGCCCCGCAGCCCUUCCGUGCCCGGUGGGGGGAUGCGGGGCGAUGGGACCCUUUGACACGGCGGGGUCGGACGGUGAGACCCCAGCGGGGGGGCGCGGGGGCGUCCAGAAGCUGAAGAAGACGUGGCUGACGCGGCACUCGGAGCAGUCGGGGCCGCGCUGCAGGGCGGCACGGAGGGACGGAACCGAGGAGGGCUUCAAACGUGCGGGCAAACGGCCGAGCGGCCACCAGGACGGGAGCGGGGCCGGCGCCGCCAAACGGGGCUUCAACGGAACCGGGCGGCCCGGCGGCACCGGGACGGAGCGGGGACAGGGAGGUAAAGGGGGAAAAGGGGGCACGGCCGCGUCCCCGGACCCGCGGUCCCCUCCUAGCGUCCCCUGCACCGCCCUCCCCGAGAGCAUCCCGCGGUGCUGUGCCUGCGCUGCCCGCGGCGCCGGGGGCGAGGAUGAGGACGGGGAGCCCCCCGAGAGCGCCUGCAGGAUGCUGCACUUCCGCAGGUUGGCCUUCGGUGACGGCGGGACGCUGAGCGUGGAUGGUUUCUGCACCGUGGAUGAGGCAGAGGGAGAGAUUUGGGGGGCGGGGGGGGGCACAGAAGGACGGAGCGUCUGUACGGCCAAAUAUCUCCUGUCGGUGCUGGGGGGGCCCUUCUGCACCGCCGUCCUCAAGGACAGGGACGCGUGGCCCGGAGCCCACGGGGGGGUGACGGCGUGGAGGUGCCGCGAAGGGCCCCCCCGGCUCUGCGAUUUGUGCCACCGCCGCUUCUUCAAUCGCCACUGGAGCUGCGCCCGGUGCGGCUUCCAGCUGUGCGCUGAGUGCCGGCGCGGCCGCGGGGAGGAGGACGGGCACGCGCUGUCUCAGCUCUGGCAGCAGCUGCACGAGGUGUGCAGCAAAUUCAGCAUCGCGUCGCGUUGUCCCUGCGGGGAUGGGGGCACCGAGGGGACCGCAGAGCCCCAGGAGAAGAUGGAGGGCGCGGACCCCCCCGACCCCCCCGACCCCAACAGAGAGCUCAGCUCAGCCGCACCCAUCGAAGCCGAGCGCCGUGAGGGGGGGUCCCCGGUGCCGCCCCCCCGCCCCCCCAGGGGCGCCGUGCAAACGGCCACGCUGUGCGACCUUUUGGCUUCCACCGCCGUCAGGCUGUGCCCGGGGCACCCAGGGGUGCGCAUGGCCUUCGCCCCCGUCGCCUCCGCGCUGCACAGCGACAACCGGCUGACCGCCAUCCUGGACAGCAUCAUCGCCCGCGUGGUGGAGAGGAAGAUCCAGGAGAGGCACGGGGGAACCCCCAGACCCUCCCCCCCUCCCGGGACCCCCACCUCACACCGCGUCCUCACCCCGGGGGGGCUGCUUUGGCUGCAGGACCCCCCCCACGCCACCAGCUAUGCGCUGUUCCAGCAGCACUGGCGGCAGGGCCAGCCCGUGUUGGUGUCGGGGCUGCAGCAGCGGUUGGACGGGGGGCUGUGGGGGCCCGAAUCCUUCCGCCCCCCCGGGGGGGGUCAGCAGGAGGUGGAGGUGACGGAGCUGCGGGCGCAGAAACGCGUCAGGAUGGGCAGCAGGAGAUUCUGGGAUGGAUUCAUCGCCAGCGCGGCCUGCCCCACGCUGCAUCCCGGCGCUGCAGAACUGCUGAAGCUGGAGUGCAGCUUUGGGGACGCGCAGCCGUACCGCGCCACCAACCCGAGCUGCGCUUUGCCCUUACCGGAGUACUGCGCUCCGCACGGCCGCCUCAACCUCACCUCCCAUCUGCACGGCCGGCAGGGCUGCCGAUGGCUGCAGCCCCGCAUCUGUGCAUCGUACGGAAUUCCCCCUCAGGAUGACGCCGUGGGCACCAAAACGCUCAGCGUGGAGGCCGUCGACUCCAUCAGCGUGGCGCUGCAUGCAGCACCAGGCGCCCCGCUGCAGCGUGACACAGAGGACGUGGCCGAGGAGCUGACGGAGAGGCUGCGGGCUGCAGGCUGCCGUCCUGCAGCUCUAUGGCACGUCUUCCGCCCCGAGGAUGCAGCCUGCAUUCGGGAUUUCUUGCACGGGGCCGCAGGAGGCGCAGCGCCGCAGCCGCCCGCUCCUUACCUGCACGCAGAGCUGCGGCGGCGGCUGCGGGAGGAGCGUGGGGUGAGCUGCCACGCGCUGCUGCAGUGCGUGGGGGAUGCGGUGCUGCUCCCUGCCGGAGCACCGUACCAGGUGCGGAGCCUCGCAGCCACCAUCAGCAUGCAGCAGAGCUUUCUGUCCCCGGAGAGCGCAGCCCGCAUUGGGGACGGCGCCGCCGCCGCCCGUGGGGAGAUGCAAUGGCUGCAGGGCCAGGUGGACGGAAUGGUGGUGGCUGCGGUGCGGCAGGCCGUGGCGGUGCUGCGGGGCUGCAAGUGA